CGCUCUACGGGUGAACACUUCCGGUAGCGUUUCCUGUGUUUGUAAACUGAGAAAAUUGGAACUCCGACAAGAAAUAUUAAUCUGCAAAACUCAACAAAAUCUUAAGGCCUUGGCCCCUGAUUAUUUGGGUGAGUGUGGUCUCUUCUCACACCCCUCAUCCUGAGUGACCCCCCUUGACGCACCCCUUUACCCCCAAACACACACACGCAUUCAAACCACGCACCGGCGAUGACACACCAUCCCAACAACUCCGUUCGAGACCACAUGAAAUGGGCUGGGUUGCUGGGCUGUGAGACGGUGCUGUCCAGCAUCGCCCUGAUGCAGGCCAACAACAUGUCUGGCAGUCAGAAGAAGUUGACAUCACAGCACGGCCAGGGUCAGAGAGACAUUAACAACCCUGAAAGCCACCAGCAGCAGUCUCACGAGGCUCACCACGUCCACCACAACAACCACCAGGCCCACCACAGCCACAUGGUCCUGCCCUCKGGAGUCAGCUGCCCACCCCUGUUAAUCAGAAAAGAUGGACACUCAUUUCAUACGCCCAGGCUGCUGGAUGAGAAAGAUAUGCAGGCCAGCCAGAAUAUGCAAUCGACAAAGAAGAAGCACAGAAAAUCAGGAACACCCAACAAACUGAGAGAGAAAGUGGAGCAGGUGGAGAUGGAUAUUAACGGUGAUGAUGAUCAUGAUUCACUAGUACAGAAGAACUUCAUUUGUGAGCACUGCUAUGGAGCAUUCCGAAGUAGCUACCACCUGAAGAGGCACAUCCUCACUCAUACAGGGGAGAAGCCGUUUGCAUGUGACGUCUGUGACAUGCGGUUUAUUCAGCGAUAUCAUCUGGACAGACACAAGAGAGUUCACAGUGGAGAGAAGCCCUACCAGUGUGAUCGCUGCAAUCAGAACUUCUCACGGACGGACCGUCUGCUACGUCACCGGCGUCUGUGUGGAGCGAGGACCAGCCUUCCCAAGGAGGAGAACCAGUCAUUCUCCUGCGAGAGCAGAGGAGGAGCCUACUCCCAGGAUGCACCUGGGCACACGGCCACCUGGAGCCCCCUACAGCAGCAGAACAGCCGUCUGGCUGUCUAACCUCUGACCCCUUGGAGAAACCCCACCUAACACAGUUGGCAGUACUCAAAUCAUGAUGGAGCAGACCAGUACUGCGUUGUCCCUCAGCCCAGAUAAACCUGGCUAAGACACAAGACAAAGACAACAAACCUUAUGCUGUUCUCAACACUGAGCUCAUAUCCUGUUGAUGGGAUAGUGAAUCAUUUUCUACUCGUUUUAUUCUAAUUUUUGUAUCGUUACGUACAUGGUACAAGACCUAGGGUGGGAGGGGUUUGGGCAAGCUGUCAUAUUACUAUGGCAAUAAUGAAUUCACAAACUGAUAUGUUGUAGCCUCAAUUGGACUAGUAUUUUUUUGACUGUGAAUGAUCCAUGGACACUCAAUGUAAGGUCGGCCUGGUCAAACCAAUAUGCUACCCUGGCUUUGAUUUUUUACUAUUGAGUGUUUGUGGAAGCUCACCAUUAGGCAAUUCUGCCCUACCAAGCAAAAAGGCAGUAACUGCUCAUAGCGUGGAACUGAUAAAUAUGGCUUUUAUUUACCUUUGUUUCACAGUAACUUUAUGCAGUUACUGCUAACAUGACCCCCAUUUUAUCCAAAACACAAUACAAUAGAGGCAGG